ACCCAAUUGUUCACAAAAUGCAAUAUACAAUUUCGGGAUACCUUAUCCUAUUUUAUUCAGAUGCUAACGUACUCUUUUUCAAGAUUUUGAAUAAGAUAUAGAUACAUUUUUUAGUUAAUAAGUGGACGACAAUAAAGAAAAAUAUAUUAUUCUUGUAAGGGCUAUGCAAAAGGUGGUUUAUUAUAUAAGCACUCUAUUAUUUAAUUCACAUAAGUAUAUGGGUGAUUAUAGUGAAUAUGUGCAUUUUUUAAAUAGUGGCUUAUAGUUCAAGUUCUGUGUUAGGUUUCCUAAUUUUCUAUUUAAUGAUUUUGUGAAUAUGGAUAGUGCAACAGAGAACUGGGAUCCAGCUUUGACUCGGCUGUUAUCUUCACUGAAAGAAGUGCAGUCAGGUGGGGAAGAUGUUGCUUUUCUGAGUGAACUACUUCAAUCUAGGCAACUUCAUGCACUUGUUCAGGUGCAUAACAAAAUAGUGGCAGCCCAAUGCAAAGAUGACAAGUUUUUCCCCUUACUGUCAAAUGCCAUGCAAGUUACUUUAGAAGUGUUAGAAAUGUUUGGAGAUGUGGUAACAAAUUCAAAUGAAUAUGAAGAGCUCUUAAAUUUGCUUCAAAAACCACAUUUACAGGCGAUUCUCUGUACUCAUGAUGCUGUGGCGCAAAAGGACUACUACCCUCAUUUACCAGACAUUCCGCAAGACACAGAUGAUGAGGAAGAAACUGUAAAAAUAGUUCAACUAGUCAAAAGUGAUGAACCACUGGGUGGAGCUCAGAGUGCCGAGCCAAUAGUGGGUGCUACAAUAAAGACCGAUGAGGAGACUGGGAAGAUUGUCAUAGCUAGAGUGAUGCACGGCGGUGCUGCGGACCGUUCAGGCCUCAUUCACGCUGGUGAUGAAGUAAUUGAAGUCAAUGGAGUUAGUGUGGAGAACAAAACGCCAGCGGAUGUCUUAUCUAUCUUGCAAAGUUCAGAGGGGACCAUAACAUUUAAACUAGUGCCAUCGUUUGGAAAAGGCGGGUCAAGAGAGAGUAAAGUGAGAGUUCGAGCAUUGUUUAAUUAUAAUUCUUCUGAAGAUCCCUAUAUACCAUGUAAGGAAGCAGGACUUAAUUUCAAGAAGGGUGACAUCCUGCACAUAGUGUCCCAGGACGACGCAUAUUGGUGGCAAGCUCGUCGUGAGGGGGAUCGCGUGAUGCGAGCGGGGCUCAUACCAUCACGAGCUUUACAAGAGGGUCGAAUUAUACAUGAACGCCAAGUCGACCCGCAAACUAUGGAUGGUAAGCCUGCACUUUGCAGCCCAUCCACAGCCAAUUCAGAUUGCGGACCCAAAACUCCUUGUUCACCAACACCAAACGCCACCGCCCUGUUACCAUGCAAAUCGUUACCUAAAGUAAAAAAAAUCAUAUACGACAUCAAAGAGAACGAUGACUUUGAUCGGGAAAUUAUUCCAACAUAUGAAGAGGUGGCCAGACUCUAUCCACGUCCUGGACUUGUGAGACCUAUUGUACUGGUUGGCGCGCCCGGCGUCGGUCGUAACGAACUACGAAGGAGACUAAUAGCAACCGAUCCAGAGAAAUACGUCACACCAGUACCUUAUACCUCUCGCGCUCAAAAGCCCAGUGAACAAAAUGGAAAGGAGUAUGUGUUUGUUACGCGUGAGAAGAUGGAGCAGGACAUAUCUGAGGGGAAGUUCAUUGAGCACGGGGAGUAUAAGGGGAACCUGUAUGGAACUUCCGCAGAGAGUGUAGAAACUAUAGUGAAUUCAGGGCGUGUCUGUGUUAUAAGCCCCCACUGGCAAGCCUUGAAGAUGCUGCGCACGCCUCGGCUGCGCCCCUACAUUAUAUUUAUAAAGCCACCUACCUUAGAAAAACUCAUCGAGACUAGAACUACUGCUAAUGCUCGCUCCACUUUUGACAAGGAAAGUUCCAGAGCGUUUACGGAGGAAGAGUUUACAGAUAUAAUAAGGUCUUCGAAUCGUAUUAAUUUUUUGUACGGGUACAUGUUCGACGAGGAGAUAGUAAACGAGGAUUUGGCGGCGGCUCUUACUCAGUUGCUGAAGUUGGCGUGGAGAGUGCAGUCCGAACCGCUCUGGGUACCGGCGGCGUGGGUUCAGUGAGCCGUUUCUUAUUAAUUAAUUUCUAACUCAAAAUAAGUAGAUAGCAGAAGGUCCAUUUAAUAUAAAACGCUUUAACAGGUGCAUUCACACAUAGCGUGCGAUGGCAAGCACAGCCAAUGUCAGCCAAGAGCCGGAUGAGCUUAAUAGGUGGAGCUAGCUGUCACACCUGCCUAUGUGUGAGUGGGCCCGUUAUAACGCUGACCUUACGUUACUUUUCUAUUAUAUGAUUAUAGUUCAAUUCGUUACGUUCUAUAGGAUAGUAAUUUGAUUCUGUUCUAUAUUUGUUUAGGCUACCCAAAUAAUUUUGCUAUGUGAUUUUAGAAUAGUUUACCAUUUUAAAAUCCUCUCAAAUCGCUGGCGAAAUGGGAUAGUUUUGAUGUUCGUUCUUAUAAAUCUCUAUUAUUCAUAUAAAUUUGUUAUAAUGUAAAUAUGUAUAAAGUCGCCGUUAUGCCUUUGUACCUAAGAAACUGUGCCCUAGGAUUUAUGUUGACACUGAUUUUGAAACUUAUACCAACUACCUAUCCUUAAAAAAUAUACCUACCUUCCUUAAUUUAUUCGCUAUAAUCAAAGGCAGAUAUGCCUACCUAAUAAAUAUAUAUUACAUACUUAAAUAAAUCAUAGUAAAUACUAGCAUAAAUAUUAUUGCAAUUCUUUAACCAUAGAACCAAAGGCGCAAGAUGUAGUUUGUACAUAUUUAAAUUGUCUGAUAAAUACUAUCCUAUUAUAGAUUAGCCUAGUUUUAUGACUAGGGAUACUAUACAACUUGUUUAACUUGCAACAUAGAACAUUGAACUAUACUGUACGAGACAUGUUUCUUAAGCAAUUCAACUUUUUCAAAUAUUAUUUCAGUUUUGCGAAGACAUAUUGCUAUAAAAUAAAAUAAAAACUAACACCACAGCUUAGGUUCGAAUCGGUGUCUUCCCUAUCGUACGUACAUAAUAUUAUAGCUCAAUGGUUUAUGUACCUUUUUACCACGGUACUUAUAUUAGUUUUCCUUUAAAUAAAUUCCAUUAGUACCGAGUUACAGAAUCAUAUAACGGGUGGUUUAAUGCAUUUAUAUCGUGUGAGUAUAAGAAAUAUAUAAAAAAAAACCUAUUUAAUAAUUCUGGUCUUUUUAAGUACAUUUUAGGAUAUAUGCCAGUCCAGCAUCGAACAUCAAUACACGUGAUGGCCCGAGCGAAAUAGAUUAGUAUCUUAUGAGGCGAUCAGGUAGGAAUUCUCUUAUUAACUUGUAAUUUAUAAUUCUAGUUGUUGUGAUACAUGAUGGAGCUUACUACAUAGACGCAAAUUGAAAUAUAAAAUCUAAAGAAACUCAAAAACUAAUUAUCUGCAAACAUGUUUUGACCAUAAAAUAAUAAUUUAUAAAAAAAAAAAACUAAUCCAUUUUCCUAAAAAAAGAAAUGUUUCUAUUGUUAGUAUAAUAAAAAUUGGGUGCUUACUAUAGAUGAGUUUUCUAUAUAAACUCCUUAAAAAACGGGUGGUUUGAUUUUUGUUUAAUUGGCAAUCAUUUAGUUUAAUUUUAAUAGUCUUCAAUAUAAAAAAUGUUUCAUUGGCAUGAAAAUGAACUUGACAGAAAGGAUCUUGACUUGAUAUUAAGAAACAAGUUCGCUUCAGAAUACCUCGAGAACCUAGAAGUAUAGGGAGCUCAAGUUAGCUUAUAGACGGUAAGGAAGAU